UGACAUGAUGACUCCCCCUCACGUGAUAGACAAUAACGAAUCCGCUUGCGAUAUACAUUUUGCGGUCUCCAUUUUGACGUGGCGAGGAUUGACCUCGAAGUGAUUAAGACCCCUAACUACAGUCAUGGGAAAUAUAUUUACUUCACUUUUAAAGGGCUUGUUUGGAAAGAAGGAGAUGCGGAUUUUGAUGGUAGGACUUGAUGCUGCGGGAAAAACAACAAUUCUGUAUAAACUCAAGUUAGGAGAAAUUGUAACUACUAUUCCUACCAUAGGUUUCAAUGUGGAAACAGUGGAAUAUAAAAACAUCAGUUUUACAGUGUGGGAUGUUGGGGGUCAGGAUAAAAUCAGGCCACUGUGGCGUCAUUACUUCCAGAAUACUCAAGGGCUUAUAUUUGUAGUGGAUAGUAACGACAGAGAAAGAAUAAGUGAAGCAAGAGAAGAACUCAUGCGCAUGCUAGGAGAAGAUGAGUUAAGGGAUGCUGUCCUAUUGAUCUUUGCAAACAAACAGGACUUGCCCAAUGCUAUGAAUGCAGCAGAAAUAACGGAUAAACUUGGACUUCAUUCAUUAAGAAAUAGGAAUUGGUACAUCCAAGCCACAUGUGCAACCAGUGGGGAUGGUCUCUAUGAAGGCCUGGACUGGCUAUCAGGCCAGUUGCGAAAUCAGAAAUGAUGGAUCUAAAUUGUUAUUCUAAUCUAGUUACACAUUUUAUUUUAUUUUUUCAACUGUUUGACAUUGUCAUCAGGAUAUUCUACUAUAGUAUUAUUUGAUUCAUCCAUAUUAGAAAUAAUUUAAACAAAUCUGCUCCAGCCAGAUAACAGCCACAUUUUUUAACUUUUUCUUGAAGUAACAUAAGUUUAAUGGUCAGUUCUAUCACCAUUUACCCUUUUAGUUGACUUUGUGAUGUUUUGAUAAGAAAAAUGUGAAAUUAUAUUUUAUAAAGUAUGUUCCUGUACUAUAAAAAAUUUUGUAUUUUCUUCUAUAGUUUCAUUCAUUAUAUUUAGCUCUUGUUUUCUUUUUUACUGCUUUAACUGAGUUCAAAAAUAUCUAAACUUUUAUGUUCCAGGAACAAAACUGUACAGAAUCUUGAGGAGGCCUAGUAUUAAACAUUAAUUAUGUAAAUACUAAAUACCAGUACUUGUUUUUUUAUUUUUCACCCCUUUUCAUUUACGAGAAAUUAUCUCAUUGCCAAGAGCCCGUAAUAUAAACGUAUGGAACAUGUUUGGUAAAGAACCUCCCAGUGAAGGAUGCCAAGGAAACUAAAAGUUUGAUUGAGGUGUUGUUAUUCCACCAAGUCAAAAUGUGGGGCAGUGUAACACUAAUCUGUACUUGAAAACUUGUGUUUCUGAUAAAUAAAGCGUUUGUCCUUGUGUA